AUGGACUCGGGACCGGACGCGACGUCCACCGGGCGGACGGCUGGCAUUCACCACUCUGAUAUUUUGUUUUCGAGCAAUCAGCAAAUGUCCAUGUCGGCGCUCAUGUCUGGGCUGAAGCGCACCACACUCACCGUACACAACCGCCUACGGUCGAUUCAGGCGGAUGCCGAGUUUGUUGCGCGAGCGGCUAGCGCGUUUGGCGGGGCUGGGCGCGUGGAGGGGGGCGGCUCUGCAACCGAGACCAAAGGUUUCAGACGACCUCUGAUUGCGAACGAGCGCUGCGGCAGCUGGUAUGUGCCGCCAGAGACCAAAGGCGGCAGCGCCUACUUCAAGAGCACCGACGGUCAUGAGCGGGCAUGGAAGUUUAGCACGCGGAGACUGAACCUCCACAUUGUUGAACUUGCUGAGAAGCAUGAUGGAGUAAUUAUUGUUGAUUCUACCCGGCGGGGGAAGCGGAUGCCCGACGCGCUGUCUACCACUAUCCCCGUGUGGUGCGCCGUGCUGAACCGCGCGCUGCUCCCAGACCACCCGCUAUCACAGGAGCUUUUCCUGCCACCAUCGCUGCCGCCGACCACCCACGCGCAAAUCACCGCCUUGCUGCCCGGCUUCGUCGCCUCGCUGGUCGCCCUCGCCCUGCCGCUGCCGCGCGGCCUCAGGAAGCCGCUUCGCCCGCUCUGGAUCACGCAAGACUCCGCGCUGCCCGGGCCGGACGAGAGCGGUGGUGCGAUAUUCGAAGACUACCGGCCCGUGAUCUGCUGCACGGCGAGCCGCCGCGUCGCGGGCAGCGAGGUGGGGGAAGGCGGCUACAUCCAAGGCGCCGGCGACGACACGGAGAACUGGGCGCACGGGCUCACGCCGCCGGUGUUUUGGAGGAACGCCGACCUGCUGCUGGAGACGGCCGAGGGCGAGCUUCCGGCGCUGAUACAGCGGCUGGUGGAGGAAGAGCAGGCCGCGCGCGUUCCGACGGGCAGCGAGGCGUACACGCAGCUCGCGCCCGGCAUCUACGUGUGUCCGACCUCGGCUUUGACGGCCCCGGCUCCAGACGGCGAGUGCCACGUGCAGCUGCCUCCGUCAACGUCGCCAAAGGAGUCGUGGGUGCAAGGCCCGCGGUGCAUCCGGGUCGGGCUCGGCAAUAGCAAGGCCGGGAGCCGCAACCUGCGCCUCGCCCUGCCGGACAUUUGCGCGUUCGUGCGCAGAUACGUGAGAGAUGAUGCGCCGGCGGGCAGCGAGAAGAAAAUAGUCGUGUCGUGCGACUCGGGAAAGGACUUUUCUGUCGGCACCGCGCUGGCGCUGUCGUGUGUGCUCCUCGACGACGCCGGGGCGCCGCGGGAGGAGGGCGGCGGCGCGCAGGUCAACUUCACGAAGACGCUGGUCAAGAGCAGGCUGGGCGGCUUCAUGACGACCUUUCCGGCGGCGAAUCCAAGCCGGGCUACGUUGCAGAGCGUGAACAGCUUUCUGAUGGAUUGGAGGAAUUAG